AUGUCCCUUCAUCGUGGAGGACUCUCUCUCAAAACAGUAACCUCCUCCCCACUUAUGUUCCUCCUCACCUUCACGCCAGAUGUCGACUCAUGCAAGGUUGUCGUCGAUGAUGCACAUGAUAGACCGUACAAGUUUGAAGAGGUCUUUGAAGAAAGCUGUACACAAGAAAUAGUUUUUAGGAAGGCAGUGGCACCUCUUGUAACCAAAGUAAAGGAGGGUCACAAUGCUACUAUUUUUGCAUAUGGUCAAACAGGAUCAGGAAAGACCUUCACAAUGGGUACAAACCCAUGUAGUGCAAAGGAAGAUGAAGGAAUUUUACAAAGAGCAUUGCAUACCCUUCUUGAUGUGAGUGAGACUUCCCAGCCCUCCCAAGACCUAGAGUUAAGGAGCUCACAGUGUGUCACAGUCUCGUUCAUAGAAAUUUACAAUAAGAAGUUAUUCGACCUCUUGACUCCAACCAGAGUACCACUGAAGACCAAACUCGGACUUGGUGGAGCUGUGUCACCAGUUGCAAUGGUGGAGAAGAAUGUGAAAAGCAUUGAGGAAGGUUUGGUACUUUUGGAAAAGGGAAAUAGUUUACGAAGUGUUGGAGCCACAGCAAUGAAUCAGCAUUCUUCACGCUCCCAUGCACUUAUAUACCUCACAUUAAAAUUGAGUCAGUAUAAUGUUACACAAAUGUGCCUAAAGUGUUUCAUUCUUAAUUCUCACUUGCUAGCCGUGUCUGAGCCCAUGACUAACCAUUGGGAGAAUAUAGUUCAGGGAGGACAGUUCACCACAGGAAUAAGCUACAGGUCUCAAGACCCUAGCACAGCACGCAGUACUGCUCCAAGCCAUUACUCUUCCAGUGGUUUUCAACAAGUCUCCACUCCAGAGACUUCAGAAGCCUUCUCCGGAGCCUGCACCUCCGCAGCAGCCACUCACAUUCGAAUUGUCCUGCUCAGAGCCUCCUGCCCACAGCAAGCAGCUCCGCUCGAAGUCUUUCUUGAUCAUGCUGUUCCUCGGUCUUAUAAUGGAUGGUUCCAAAGGCACCCUCCACAAUGGGUGUGCACCACAUGUUACGACCUGAUAGCCGAGAUGAUGCCAGUGACGAACAUAAGGGAGAUGAGGAACUAA